GGAUGCACGUAUGGAGGAAGACGGGGGAGAUAUUAGAGACUGGCGUCGAUGGUUCCCGGCUUCCAGAUGUCUCGGGAGACGAAAUUCGCAAUCGAGUGGGAGGUGGUGGAGUGUUACCUGAGGUGGCAGAAGACAUCUCGCCAACUAGAGCGCGGACCAUGAAGGAUUUUGAAAACCAAAUCACCGAGCUACGGAAAGAGAACUUCAACUUGAAGCUGCGCAUCUAUUUCUUGGAAGACCGUAUGCAGCAGAAGUCUGAUGGUCCCAAUGACGAUGUCUACCGAAUUAACAUUGAACUCAAAGUCGAACUGGAGAGCGUGAAGCGAGAGCUGCAAGAGCGAGAACAAUUGCUCAGGAAGGCAUCGAAAGCAGUCGAAAGCCUGGCUCAGGGUGGCGACGCUGAAAUCCAGCGUCUGAAGCAAGAGGCGCAGAAGAAAGUUCAGGAUGUCGAAGCAAGCUUGACUGGCAGGAUCCAGCUUCUGGAGGAGGAGCUUAGAACGGCCCAGGGAGAAGUCGAGAAAGCGCUUGCUUUGACGGAGCGGGAGAGGGUCCAGCGACUGGCCGCUGAGCAGCAACUUUCCUUGAUCGUCGCUGCCCAGCCCAAGGAUCUGGAUGUCACGGCAGUGCUGGAAGAGAAGGACAGGUGCAUAGAGCAACUGAGGCUCUCUCUGGAAAGGAGAAACGCUGCAAUCCAGCACUUGGAGGAAGCCCAGAAGAGGGCUUCAGAAGAAAGCCAAGAUCCUACUGUUGCACUGAAUGAUGAAAAAGAGAAGGCCUUCAAGCAUCUCCAGGAGGAGCUGCGGGAACGGGAAACGGAGCUUUCUGCCGAAAAGAGAAACGCGCUGAAACGAGACAAAACUAUCCAGGGAUUAACCCUUGCUUUAAAAACCAAGGAAAACGAGAACAAAGAGCUCACUUCUGAAGUCGAAGGUCUGAAGGGGUUGUUGGCCAAGGCUAAGGAGACCAGCCACAAAGCUGAGAUGCAGAAAUUCAAGAGUGCUGAAGAUUCUCAAGAGAUGCUGAUGGAGAAAGAGAGUCUUCUGGCAGACUUGCGUUCGCAAAACCUCACCAAGGACACGGAGAACAGGAAACUCCAACGGAAGAUUAAGAAGAUCGAACAAGAGCUGAGCGAGCUGCUGCUUGAGAAGGAGAAGCUGGUGAAAGAACUCGAAGAAGCUCAGCUGCAGAAAAGCAGAAGCGACAAAACCAUCAAUGACCUUCGAAACCAGUUGGAAAAAACUCACGAUGAGAUGGCUGAGAAAGAAAAGGCGAUUGAGCAUCAUUACGGUGUCCUCUUGAGCGAAGGGGAUCAGAAGCUGCAGAACCAGGAACUGGUCAUCACACGCUUGACAGACAGAGUUGCUCAGAAGGAUGAGCUUCUGCAGACUCUUGAUGGGGUCGUUAAGGAAAAAGAUUUGGCGCUGCAGGAAUGGUCUGCUAAGUGUCAAGGCUUGGUGAAAGAUAAAGAGAGUCUCCAGAGGCAGAAUGAAAUCUUGAUUGAAGAAAAGUGCGCAGUCCAGUCUGAGCAGCUGGUGACCAAAAUGAUGCAUGAGUUAGAGAGAACAAAGGAAUCCGAAUAUGCAGAUAUGCUUGAAGCUCUCCGAAAAGAGCAUGAUGUGUUUUCAACUCUGAUCAAGUCCCUGAAAGACGCAGAUGGCAUAAAUAACCUGCAGGAGGAGUUAAACAACAUCUUUGCCUUGCAUAAGAAGCUGGAAGAAGGCAUCUUGGAGAACUGGAAUUUGCGGAAAGCUUUGGAAGAGCAAAUCCGGGAGAACCGAAAGGAAGAAGAAACUCCUUUAUGUUGGAGCAAUCAGACGUCAUACAUGAGCAUUUGUUUAAGAGACCAGGAUCAUCGGUGGGACUUUGAGGUAGACCAGCUGUCUGUGGAGGAGCUUAAAAAGAAGUUUGUUGAACUCCUCGCAGUGGUGAAGGAACUGCAUUUGGUAAUCCAAGAACUGAAAAAGAAGCCAUUUGAUUUCUCCACGUCGGAUCCUUCAGGGAAUGAAAAACAGAAAUCAUUAGAUGCAAGCGAGCUUCUUGAACGAACAGAAGAGAGCCAGACUCUGACAGGUGCUUUUGAUGAAGAAGCAAGCACGCCAAGCUGUGACUGUCCUGAGACAUUGAGUGAGAUAAUUCUUUCAGACUCUUCAGAUCAACCGUGUAAGAACCUGAAUCAGCCUGAGUUGGAACCUAAGCUGGUUGGUAGCAAAUACUUGGGUAGGAGCCCAGUGGCCAAUAACUGUGAUGCUCUGGAGAAGACUUCGCUCGUGUGUUUUUUAAAUGAAAAUGGAGCGGCAGAAUUUGGAUCUCGCAGACAAGAACAGAUGAAAAUUGCGAAUAAGCUGUUAGAUCCUCAGAAGACAGCCGAGCAAGACAGUUUAAGUGAUGAUCUGGAGAAUAAAGAUGAGGAAGAUCUUAAGCAGCUGAUUAUUCAACUGAGAGCUGAAGUCAAACAGCUUACGCAAAUCAACACCUCGCUGAAGCAGCGGGGCAAACCACAACCUACGCCAACCCGAAAAGAAGGGCUUGAUCCCAAAGCUGUGCAAGAGUUGAACGUGGAGAUGAAAUUGUCGAAAGCGGAAGUGAAGGACACGGCUACCCAAACGGCAACGGUGUCUGAUGACAUCACGAGACCGAAGCACGAAGGCAGAAAAACGGAGGUCUCUGAAGAUGGACCCAUCACCCAGUCUUCCCGGUUUGACAAAGACUGCUGGCAGAGAAAUGUCUUUGCCAAGAGUGAGCUGCAGAAGUCUCUCCUUCAAAUAAGCAAAGCAAACAGAAGUGACUCUUGCUACCCGUCCAAGAAAUCCCGCUUACCUAUUCUACUGAAACCCUCAAGAUCCCUGGGAAGCAUCUCCUUAAGUACUGCCCUGCCCAGACCAGAUCUGCAUCUUCAGCACUGCAUGUUCGCUCUGGACGAAGGCCUGAAGGGAAGGCAAUGUAGUGAGGAAUCCCAGCAAAAUGAGGACGAUAGGGAUGGGUCCAAUCGGAAGGAGGUAUUAGGAGAAGACAGACAAGCAGAAGCGUCGGCGAUCAAACCGGAGGUCUCUGAAGCAGAUGAUAGCCUGUCCAGUAUCCAGAGCUCUGGCCAAAGAGACAAAGAUCAGAGCAUCAGUGAAGGGACCCAAUUAGAAACCGAAAGAUACACCUCUGAGUCGAAACCAUCUGCUUUGCAAGAGCUUAAUCACCCGUCUGAUUUCUCCGAGAAACAGCAUGGGGACGUAACAACCGCGUCCUUGGAUAGCAGGAGUCUGCUUUCUCUUAAGCCAAGCACGAUAAGCGUCGAUGUGUUUGACUGCGAAGCCGUGGACAACGUUGAGGAGUUGAGGCAAAGAAUCAAGGACCUAAAGUCCGAAGUGGCAAAGUACCAAAUGCUGCUGAUCCAGUUUGAUCUGGCUGAACAGCUUCCUCCCAGUAUUCUUCUGGGUCAGAACGAUGGGGAGGGUCCCUCUCCUGCAGGAUCUAAAGGAAGCAGUCCUGAAUUACCAGACUACUCCAACAUAUUGCAGCCGAAGGAGCGCGUUGAGGUUCCUGCAACUCCUGGGUCUGGACCCUCAACUGAACUACACAAACUCAAAAAGUUGUUGUCGGAAAACGAGGCAGAGCUUGAGAAAGAGCAGAUGGCCAACAUGCGGCUGCUGGAUGAGGUCUACCGCCUGCACAACAAGCUGAAAAGUGUGUCCCAGGCUGAGCAAGAUUUCUCGACCUGCCCGUCAGCUCUCGAACAGUCCUGCCAGCGCCAGAAAAUCCACGAGAGCCAUAGCAUUUGUGCCACCUACCGACAACACCUGUCCAAUCUGAUCAGAGCUUUUGAGGAGCUCCUGCAGGACAGCGAAGUGGAUUAUUAUGUAGCCGAGAGCUUUCGGGAACAGCUCAACCAGAGCGCCCAGCUGUUUGAGAGGCUGGAGCACCAGUGUCUCUAUGGAGAGUCCAUAGAUGACGAAAUGACAAAGCUUUGCAACCUUGCACAGAGUUUGUCUGACUUCGAGAUACCCCAACAGCUGUCCUCUUUAGAAGUGCCUGCUCACAGAAAAGAAGAGACAGAGAGCGGAAAAGGAAAACCAACUGUCACCCCAACCAAGUUUCCCCCAGAGCUGUUGAUGGAGCAUCUCCAGGAAAUACGCUUGCUGAGGCAUCGGCUAGAAGAAUCCAUUAAAACCAAUGACCAUCUGAGAAAGCAGCUUGAGCAACAGGUCUUGGAUCCUGUCCCAAACCCAGACGUAGCAAAUGUUUGUAUCCGUGGCUCAGAGCAACAUAAUUCCCUGACUUCUGAAAUUCAUUUCCUGAGGAAGCAGAACCAGGUUUUGAAUGCAAUGCUGGCGAAAGGAUCCCAAGAGAAGCAAAAGGAGAAUGAAACACUGCGAGAAUCCCUGUCUCAGAAGCACCUGGCAAUUGAGUGCCUUCAGAAGGACUAUGAGCAUCUCAAGAAGGAAAACGAGAAGCUGCAGGAACAAGUGGGAAAACGCGAGCUUGAAAAUGAGGGUCUGACCCACGAAAUUUACAACGUCAGGAACGAACUGAACAGGUUGCAGAUGGAGCUGGCCACCACACAGCAUCAGCUGUCAGAGAGUGACAAAUUGUUGUGCUCAUUGAGAGUGGAACUCAAGGUGUAUGAAAAGUUAGACGAAGUGCUCCGGAAUGAAAAAGAACGCAGCCAGAAUGGAGCAGAUGAAUGUUGGAAAGAUCAGAAUCUGCCCCUUGACUUGGGUGAACUAUUGACCGAAAUACAGAGCUUGAGAAUGCAGCUUGAGCAAAGCAUCAAGGCAAACCAGAUGUUGCACGAAAAAGUAGAACAGCAGCUGCACAAAGGAAAGGUGGAGAAGAGCUGCUUGGGCCCAGCUGUGCAGAUCAGCUACCUUUUCAGUCACGAGUCACAACCCCGGAGUGGGAUCAACGAGUUCAGUUUCAGCACCUUGGACAGUUCCUCCCAUUGCAACUUGUUGGCCAAGAAGACCCAAGAGAUUUGCCCCAUCCCCAGUCAUUGCGUGUGGGCAGACAAAAACGGCCAGCACAUUCUUGGCUUGAUUGAAGAUUACAACUGUCUACAGAAGCAGAUCGCAGAAGGGCGGAAGCGGUUAUCUGAACUAGAGCUUCCUCUGAAAGAGGCAGAAGCUCUGGAUUCUGCAGUGACACAGGCUCCUCUGAGCAGCUCGUAUGCCACCUUCAGGGCAGUCCAGCAGAACUUGGAGGAAGCCACCCGCCUGUUGAACCUCCUGUGGAGAGUCUCCCUGCCGAUGAAAGUGGUCCACGCUGCUGCUUACUCGCUUCAGGACGAAAGCCUGAAGUCUGAGCUCUGCAGGCUCCGUCGGAAACUGGCCGAACAGGAGCAGCAGCUGCACAGCACGGCCAAGUGCUUGUACUCCACCAACCGACUAAAAGAAAACAUGGAGAGGGUCAUCAUAGAUCAGUUGGCAUUAACGCAUGAUGUUUUAAAAAAAGCCAGAGGAAAUCUUGAAGUUCAGCCAUCUGAAAACAAAAUCGUCCCAUCCAGCCUCAUCAAGAAAAGGGUUUAGUGAAGGCUCCAGUUCCCACAAUAAAGACCAUUUUUCCUUUGCUGAGCUGAGGCUUUCGACUACUUCUUUACAUCCAAGGCCUUAACAUUUCUUACAUUUCCACCCUGUUGCUCCAGCGUUUUUCAACCCGAGGCCUUCAGGAUGGCCGGACUCUGACAUCUGUCUCCGCCAGCCCCAGGGCUGGUAAACGGGGUACCAUUUUCUCUCCAGCUUUCUCUGGCAGAGCCAACCUCAGUGCAGGGAUAAGCAACAGCAGGUUGGUUUCGUUCUGUUAAACAUGGCGGUCCUCUGUGUGUUAAUGGCAGGAAUCACAGUGCAGAAGCCGGAUCCGCCAUCGGCACACCGAGACAGCAGCAAAGGCCGGGUUCAUUUACGCAGGCUGAGUUUUUGGAAUGUGGGAAACCUGGAAGGGCGUGUGUGCAUGCAUACACACCCAUAGAAUAAAAGCAUUGUGAUUAUUUGCUUGAAGGCCUUGGCUGAAAACUACCUGAAGCGGCUUGCAGGGUUCUAAUCUAGGUCGUCCCAGCCACUUGAGACAACCCCGUGAAAUGAAAAGGAAAUCGAGAUGUUCCUUUGCACAGCGAUGGCAAGUUGCUGUAACCAUCCCCCCUCCCUGUAAUGGCAGAAUCUUGCAUCUUUCCUUUGAAGCCUGGAUGAAGGGGUAGAGCCAUUUAAAUCGCAAGAAUUGGCUGGUUGGUUUCCUCCUGACCACAUUUGGGAAGGUCACCUGUUGAAUAGGGGGGAAAGGAGAGGUUUAGUUUUGGUAUCCCUUUCGGGUGGAAGCCUCCCUGCUCAUUUCACUGGAUUGUGGAUAGGGCUUUUCCUCCACUAAACUGCAUAGGAUAUUCUGCUCCCCCUUUCUGGGCCCAGCAACUGCAUUCACAUUGCUGCUCCCUGUCUCCUCCUUGGACAACGUGCAACUUUGCAAAGUUUCCCCAUCUGGGUUCCCAUGGACUGGAAAAAUAGGCAUAAGGGUGACAAACUGGAGAGCAGAUUCCAGUUGGGUUUUAGAUGUUGCCCUUUGAAAAGGCACAGAGCCCCCCCCCCGACUUCCCAGAAAGCAUGGUUGAAAUUUGGGAGCAAUGUCAGGACCCUUCUUUACCUUGUUCAAAGCAACAGGAACCAAGCAAGGGCAGAAGGUCCAAAAAUUUCAGGUCCAUCUCGGGUGACCACCUCAACAUUGUCGUCAUGGCCUUGCAAAGCUGUUUAAAAAAAAAAAAAAAAGGUAAUUAAAAGUGUGAUUCCCAUAAAGAAAAUUGCCAUGUUUUGUUCUGUAACAUUCCUUUCAAGCAUUCUUGCAUCUAAAAAAAUUCCUGUAGACUGUUCUCUGUGAUACAUUUCUUGUUUACUAUGGCAUCAUACUUGUAUAAUUACUGUUUUAUAGAUUGCCCUGAACUUCUUUUAAGGUAGGAUUUAAAAGAAGUAUUUGUGUAUGUCUUGGUUGGGUGCACCUGCUGGCUGAUGGAAAACUGGUGACCAAACUAGAUAGAUCUUAGUCCUGCUCGACUUUGGUGUUUCUUACCACAAGGUAACUUCCAUUCCAGAAUAUUUCUUUUCUGCUAUCCUGUCUUCUCCAUCCCAGACUGAUAACUUCUUUUGUAUUAGGGAAAAGUAGCAGUGAAACAGCCCUUAGGAAUAGAGCUAGAUUAAACUGACAUAGGCAAGAAAAUGUCUUAUAUUCUUAGACCCCUCCAGUCAAUUAGUGCCAGUGGAAAUACUAAACAGAAUAAUGAAAGUGAUAACUGGAUGUUGGUUAGGUUUUUCAGGCUGCCAAGGAAACAUAUAAGACCUUAAUUUUUCUUUUUUUGAUUUUCUUUUGAUCACAAUGGCAGGUAGUAAUUUCUACGAGAGGAAAAGGACAAGUGAUUCCACCAGAUUUGCGGGUGUCCUUCAAGCUAGAUUGGUCCAUGGUUCUGCAAUUUGCCAGGUUCCUGAAAUAUAUUAGUAGACUUGA